UUCUCCCAGUGCUUGUUUGUCAGUUCAUCUGAGACUGACCCCCUCAGGCCACACUCCCCUGCACCCUGACACAGAUUCAUCUCUCUACAUGAAGACAGCUAUGGGUGGGUUGGGGAAUGGGCGUCGUGGAGGAAGAUCACCCCCUCUAAUGAUCGGUGCUCUAAUCGCCUGCAUCCUGGUUCUGGGCUUUAACUACUGGGUGUCCAGCUCCCGCAACCUUGAGCUACAGACUAAGCUGUAUGACUUGGAGGGCCAGGUGCGACGUGGAGCAGCAGAGCGAGGAGUAGCAGAGAUGAAGAAAAACGAGUUCCAGGAGGAGAUCCAGAGACAGAAGGAGCAGAUCAGCCACAUAGAAAGCCUGUACAAGAGACAGCUGGAAGCAGCACAGAACUCCUGCAACCAAGAUAAGGGAACACUGCAGGAAAACAUUUCCUCUUCUACCAAAACAACUCAGGAACUCAAAGUUCAGUUGAAUCAGCUGAAUGACGAAGUGGGGAAGCUGCACAAGGAGCUACAGAGUUGCCAAGGCAAUAUCAACACCCUUAACAACAAACUCACUUAUGACAUGACCCAGUGUCACUCUCAGGUCCUUUCCCAGAAAGAGUUAUGUGACGAGAGAGUAGCAUCUGCUAAACUUGAAAUUCAGAAGAAAAUGGAGAAGCUUGUCGUCUCCACACAGCAGGAAAAAACAAUGGAUCCAGCAGUAAAAGAGGAAAGACCAUUUGUGUCAGUGGCUGAUCCAGUUAAGACAUCAACUGAUGUGAGCCACACUCCAAGUGUUUCUCAGCCCAAAGGAAAUGAACCACCUGAACUACUGACUAAUGAGAUUAUUGUUGACCAAGACCUGGAAGAAGAGCUGGCUGACUAUAACGGGGAUGAUGAGAAUGAGGGGGAAUUUGAAGCAGACAAACAAGCGGAGCUUGCUCAAAACUGAGGGCUGGUGCUGAAUAAGGAUCCAGGACGUGACAUUAGGAAUCAAGACAUGUUUUACACGUCAGCGCAAUCACACCAUACAGGUUAAUGCAGCAAUUCAAACACAAUGAACACAAAACAAAUCUCAAUGUUAAUUUCUGUAUGAAAAACAUUACGUUGGUUAUUUUCAUCAGGGCUUUCUUCAUGAAUUGUCUUUUAUUUAGUACAUUGAUCAGAAUAUUACACACUGUCUGGUAAUUUAUCAGGCGGGAUCAUCAAUUCAUCUCUUUUUGGAGUACGAGUAUUUGUAACUUAAUAUCCAGUUCACUACUGACUACAAUCAAUGACUGUAUAAUGAUGAACGGCACAUCUCCACUUCCUCUCACUGUUAUAAAAUGAAGCCAAAAUAUCGCGGAUAUGGCACAGUCUCUCCACAGUAGUGAUUGUGGAGUGGAGUCUUGGUAUCAAAGUUCCGCCCAUACACUUUCACUACCAUUCAUGAGUCAAUCACAGGGGUCAAUCAUAAUUUCUCACCCCAUUUCUAUAGCAUUAAAUAAUAAACACUUGAACAUCCAUCAGAUGAUCACUGAUCAUAUCAGUGUUGGCAACUUCCUACAGUCAAAGAAACCUUCCUUGUGAAAGGUUGUCUAUUUAAGUUGAGAUCUAAUUCCCAUGCACUAACAUGGAGGAGGUGGAGUUCAUGAUUGCAUCACAGCCUUUUUGGCAGCUACCGUGUCCUCUUUCUUUAUAUUGUCAUUGAUUGUGUCAGUCAAACAUACAUGGUCUCCAUUUAUAUGCACCUCACUGUACACAUUAAACCCUGCUAUGGUGGUGACUGUGCUCACAUUAAUUCAGAAUCAGAAGGUUUUGAUUUUUGGAUUAGGUGUGCUGUCUUAUGUACACUCUGUAAUGACUGUAACUUGAUGAUAAUGUUAAAGACCCUUAUAGGGUUACUAAGUGUCAAAUAGUGAAGUAAUUUUAACUGUUCGAAGUGAUCCCAAUGACAGAACUCCUCCUUCAGUGGGCAUCUCCUCUCUCUGAGGUACAACAGCAUCUUUAACAAUGCCUUAAGCUACUCUUGUACAGUCUCUCAUAGGAUGAUGCUAACCUCAGAUCAAUAGUCAGAGCGUUUAAUAUAAAAAAAGCUAGGAUAUGCAUGUAAAAAGCAGCAAAUAAAUGAAACGUGGGAGUACUCUUGUUGUCUGAUGUUAUUUACAGAUGGAAAAAACCAGUAGUAAUUAGCCACAUAACAAAUGAACAAAUUCCCUGUAUGGUUUAUAUGCUCUUGUGACCAUGGCAGGUUUUAAACAUACUAUUUUAUGAUUUCUGUCAAUUUUGAUCAAUGAGCAAUCCCCUCUAAACUUGUCUAAUCAAUUGCCUUGGCAUCUUGGAUUUUAUUGUCAGAUCACGCAGUGACAAGGUUGAAUGUUUCUACAUGAGACAGAAAAACACAAAUAAAUUAUAAUGAAAGAAACCGUUAGCUAUUGAUAUUAGAUCAACAAUCUAAUUUUAUUGGGACGCAUGCCUCAUUAAUUCUGUGUGCACCAUUUUUCCUCUGUACUCUGUUGUUUCUGUGCCCCUGCUCAGAGGUUUGAUAUUUUUACUGUUUCGUCUCUGCUGGGUCGAUUAGACUGUGCUUUGUUGUUGAGAACAUGAAGAGCGAUUUGUGAGAAUUGCUGUAAUAUUCUGAAGGACAUAUCUUUGAAGUAUGACCAGUGUGUUGUGCUUUCAUGCUCCUGGAGUCCAGUAGAUGUGAACUGUUCAGUAGCUGUGCUAAAAAAUGUAUUCAUCUGCUCAACUUCAAACUGUACUAGGCUGGAGACUGUAUGUGUGUGUGUGUGUUUGCAAUCAUGAUCAAAUAUAAAACAUCACAAAUAACAAAGAUAGGAUAUUCUAUUGCCUUGUAUAUUACCGUAUUCAGGACAGACACUUAUUUUAGUUUCUUGCUUUAUUCAGAAGUGGUUGCCUCCACACAUGUUGUAAUGGCCAUCAUUUCCAUAACACACUGACUUAUCAAAAGUGUGUAACAUAGUGGAACCUCAUCUUCCUAGAUUUCUGUUAUCAGGAGUCUGUUAUUGGAACACAGAGGAUGUUUUUACUGUACGUGCAGAUCAGCUUCAGUGCACCUGACUGUUACAGGUCCAGGUGUGAAGAAUCGACAUUUGCCGGAUAUUAUUGAAAUCCCUCCUGAUGUAAAAAUGCAUCCGGACGAAGCCUAGUUUUGACCUAGUAGUGGCUUAUAUUCACCUUUAGUGAAGAUGCAUAUAAAGAAUAUACAGUUUAUGAAACAUUUUAUAUGCUGGAUUUUCCAACAGACCAACAGGAAGUCUAUGGUUGAGUCACUUGACUGCUUGAGCACCACAAACUCUGAACUCGAAAAACAUCACAUCAUAAAAAUACAAGUGUCAUCCAAACCUCAUUCUGCAUAUUUGGGAGAACUUUUUAAAACCAUGUGACAUCUGGUACAGCUUUCGUGUUCCGUCAAAAGGUAAAAUAAGAUGUUAAAGUACAUUCUUUCAUCUACGUUUACUCAUGGCUUCAUAAAAGGCUUGACCACCUGUGAAGAGUGUUACUGCUUAAGUUAUUUUUAUAUGGUAACAUUUCCCAAACAACAGAAAUGUUUUUUCCAGUUUUAUCUCAAAUUUCAAGUAGAAUCAAUGUUAUUAACUUUUUUUUCAUUGUGUGUGUUUCAUUAUUGUUUUUUUUAAAUCUGGGCCUGCUCGUCAGAGUAACAAUAUAUAUACUAAAUAGGAGUGCUGAUGAAAGAUAAAGGAUCUAAUCAUGAGAACAAUAAAGUUGCCUCAUACAGACAGUUGGUUACGAGGAAACGUUUCAUCAGUAGAAAUAUACUUUAGCUGUAUAUCCAUGAACAUCCCUCCUUUUGACUGAAUGUGUCCCUCUUUUGGCUGAUUUUGGAGACGUGACAUGUUUUAUUCUAUUAUCGAGUUGCUGUUAUUUGUUGUCUUGACUGCUUUGGCUGCUCAAAUGUAAAAACUCAAAUUUUCUGAACUACAAGAAUGUGUACCUGGAGAGAAAAAUGUUUUAUUAUUUUUAUACAUUGGAGAAACUUUUUUGUUGUUGAUUACAUUUGUGUAUAUGUUAAUUUUAUUCUGUACUGCUGAAAACAUUUCUGGAAGAUCUAAAUAAUCAUAGGCUUUAUUGGUGAUAGAAUAAAGAUUGUUUUUAUUUCCACUA